AUGUCUGUCGUGUCUGAAGAAACUAAGAGGCUUUUUGGAUGUAGCCAGUGCUCUAGGAGGUUCACACGGCACGAGAACCUGAAGAGACAUAUUGGUACCAGUCACAGUCACAAACCAGAAUAUCAUCAAUGUAAAUACUGCUCGAAGCAACUGAAAAGACAGGACCUGUUAAAAAGACAUGUCAAGCUUCUACACAAGGACAAGUUUGAGCUUGACUAUGGCAAACCAACCACCAGAGCUCGAGGAGGCGGCGGAGCUGCGAAGGCCAAGGCCGAACAGCCUUCGUCUUCUUCAAUGCCUCUGACCGAUGGGUCUCCAGCAUCUCCUUCAUCUGACGAUGGUUCAACUAAUGGAGGAGUUCCAAAACACAUUCCAAAGUUAUACUUACCGCAAUUCCAAGCUCCAGACAUUCCGAAAACUUAUGACCCAAAAUUACACCAAUAUUACAGCGACUUGCCAUUCCUACCUCCAAAGUUCCUGACCCAUUACAAAGAUAUCUUUUGCGAUCGCAUUCUUGAUUACUUCCCAAUCUUCGAUAAAAAGUCAUUUGAUGAAGAAAAGUCCGCUGCUUCGUUACUAAGGGCCAUUGCUUCGAUUGGCUGUGUAGUAACAGGACUCCCAACAGAUAGAAAACUUGGUCACGAACUUUGGGAGAGCGGGUUUUCCUUGAUUGAAGUGUUUCUUUCUGAAGAAAAAGAAGAGAGAUAUCAAUUGGACUGGGUACAGGCAACUAUAUCUCUUCUGGUUUUCAAUGGUCUAUUCAGUUUUGACGGAAUUGCUGACGAACAACUGAUGAUAUUCAAACGGCUAUGGAUUUGCGACCCCAGACUAUCUAAAGUAGAAGGUAAAAUCGGAGACAAUAGCAGUGAUUUUAUUUUGCCCUGUCAAUUUUGUUACUAUGUUGUCAAUACUUUGUUGAUUAUGUUUACCCAGAACAAAUCUUGGUAUUUGUCAAUGAGUGAUGUUGAGGGCUAUGUUCCAGAGUUGGAAAAGAAAAUGACCCUGUCACAAAGUUUGGUACAGUUGUCGAAAGAACCAAUUGAAUUAAAAGAGGCAUCGGCCACUAGUUUGUUGCUGAUAUGUGGUGUGUACGAGCUGUUAGAACACGAUCUGAAGCUCAAGAGACUGUUUACUGAAGAUAUACAAGCCACUGAGACAUUUGCUAAUAAGAUUUCGAGAAUCCUGGAGAAUCUCGCUGAAUCAAUUAGACUGUAUUAUUCCAACAUCUCAACCCCUCCGGCCAAUACCAAACUCGACUUGUUCUGGUGUCUCUGGCAUGCUGCUUAUAUCCGUACACAAGUCCCUGAAUUGUUCUUUGAACGACCAAAAGGCGAUAUCAAGGUUCGCCAAGUCCACGGAGUAAACAGUCCAUAUCAAACUCUGAAGCUGGAACUGAGUUCAAUGAAGCGAUCUGUCAACGAGAAACAGGAGAGUUGGCAUGAACGAUACCUGAGAAUAGCACCCAGCUUCACAUGGAGUAUACAACAACUAUCAGCCCGGGGGGAGUUAGCCCGGUCGGAAAUUCCUAUUGAGAGAAUGGUGUACAUACGAAUUAUCUUCUACGGAAUUUUGCUAAUCCAAAAAAUGGAAACGAGUAAAGACGAAGAAGACACUCAGUUUUUAAAGCGACUCACGGUCGAGCUGAGUAACGUCAGUCCCAGCUCCACAUACCCGCUGUUGUCGCAAACGAUAUUUCAAUUUACAAAAGAUAAAAUGGCUGCUGAGGGAGCAUGGCACAUUGGCUCCCGUCUGGAGGAGAUCCUAAACGAAUAUGCCAACUUCCUCAACCAGCCCAAAAUUAGAGGUAGAGUAGUGUAA